GUGGUGCUGACGCGCCGGGCGGCGCACGCCUUCGAGCUGGCGGAGCAGGCGCUGGCGAGCGUGCUGCUGCAGGAGCCCGUGCGCGACAUGGACGCCGUCGUCGUCUCCGUGGCCGGCGCCUUCCGCAAGGGCAAGAGCUUCCUGCUCGACUUCAUGCUGCGCUACAUGUACGCCCAGAAGGAGGCGGGGCCAAUGGGGACCCCGGGGCCAGGCUGGCUGGGGCAGGAGGAAGAGCCCCUGCAGGGCUUCUCGUGGCGCGGCGGCUCUGAGCCCGACACCACCGGCAUCCACAUCUGGAGCGAGGUCUUCGUUGUCCAGAAGCCGGGGGGCAAGAAGGUGGCUGUGGUGUUGAUGGACACGCAAGGCGCCUUUGACAGCCAAUCGACUGUCAGGGACUGCGCCACCAUCUUUGCGCUCAGCACCAUGACCAGCUCUGUCCAGAUCUAUAACCUCUCCCAGAACAUCCAGGAGGAUGAUUUGCAACAGCUGCAGCUCUUCACAGAGUACGGGCGCUUGGCCAUGGAUGAGAUCUUUCACAAGCCCUUCCAGACCCUCAUGUUCCUGGUCCGGGACUGGAGCUUCCCUUACGAAUAUAUCUAUGGCCUCCAGGGGGGUAUGAAGUUCCUGGAGAAGCGGCUGGAGGUGAAAACCCAGCAGCACGAGGAGAUCCAGAACGUGCGCAAGCACAUCCACUCGUGCUUCACCGAUGUCAGCUGCUUCCUCCUGCCCCACCCCGGCCUCAAGGUGGCCACCAGCCCCAGCUUCGAUGGUCGCCUCAAAGAUGUGGCCGAGGAGUUCAAGGAGGGGCUGCAGCAGCUCAUACCCCUGGUCCUGGACCCCGCGCGGCUCAGGGAGAAGGAAAUCAAUGGCUCCAUGGUCACCUGCCGUGGGCUGCUAGAGUACUUCAAGGCGUACAUCAAGAUCUACCAAGGGGAGGACCUGCCACACCCCAAAACCAUGCUCCAGGCAACUGCAGAGGCCAAUAACUUGGCAGCUGUGGCCUCUGCCAAGGACCUGUAUUACCUCAAGAUGGAGCAGAUGUGUGGGGGUCACAAGCCGUAUGUGGCUCCAGCCCAGCUGGACGAGAGGCACGAGGCAGCACGAACAGCGGCCCUGGAGCUCUUCCGGCGGGUAAAGAAGAUGGGGGGUGCGGCCUUCAGCCGGGGCUACGAGGAGCAGCUGGAGACGGAGCUGGCCGAGCUGCACGCUCACUUCUCCCGGCACAACGAGGCCAAGAACCUGCUGGGGGCUCUGCGCACCCCGGCCGUGCUGGCGGGCGCUGUGCUGGCCCUCUACCUGGGCUCGGGCCUCUCGGGCUUCGUCGGCCUGUCCGUGGUGGCCCAGCUCUGCAACGGGCUGGUGGGGCUGUUGCUGCUGGCCCUGCUGGCCUGGGGCUACAUCCGGUACUCGGGGCACUACCGGCCCCUGGGGACCGCCAUUGACACCACUGCCGGCUACGUGCUUGAGCAGGCCACCGCGCUGGGCAACACCACCCGUACUGACACUGCCGGCCCCCCACCCCGGCCCCCGCCUGACAAGAAGGGGCAGUGAGUGAUGGGGCUGCACCUGGGGACCCUCCCACCUCGCUGCCUCCCCGCAGCCUCCACUUUGCUCCCCCCCAGCGCUAGCUCUCGCACUUUAAGACCGGACUGCAGCUUUAUGGGCCCAUCAGUGCCCACCAGUGCCUUCCAACUGGGGCUCCGUUCCCUUCCCCCUCUGUUGGGAGGGCACAGAGACCUGGGGGGUCCAAGUGCCCCCCAUCCCCCCUCCAGUGCCUUGAGCCCCUCCUCUACUUUAUUUGGGGGGGUCUUGUAUUGCCCCCCCACAAUGGUCAGCCAUUUUGUAUCAGGGUCACGCCCCACCCGGUUGCCUGGGUUCUAUGUUGGGGGGGGCAUGUGCCCCUCCCCCCUCCCAGGGCCUGGCAGUCCCUGGGAGCUAUUGAGUCGGGGGUCUAGACCCCCGCUUUCCCCACAUGGGCCAGAUCCUGCCCCACAUUCCCGCUGAUGUAUAAGCACAAUAAAUGGCAUUCCGUUUC